UAUUGGGGAUUUUUGGGAUUUUUUGGGAUGUUUUGGGAGUUCGUGCUGCGCGACGGCCGCAUCCUCUGCCGCGGCCACUGGCACACGGCCACCAGCCCAGGUGGCGACCGAGCAGCGCGGAGCGAGGACGAGCGCGAUUCCCGAUAUUCCCAGAAUUCCGGCGCCAAGGAUCCCAAACGUUCCAAGAGGCCCCGAACCAUCCUGAGCUCCCAACAGCGCCGCGCCUUCAAAGCCUCCUUCGAGGUCUCCUCCAAACCCUGCCGGAAGGUGCGGGAGACGCUGGCGGCCGAGACGGGGCUGACGGUCCGGGUGGUUCAGGUGUGGUUCCAGAACCAACGAGCCAAGAUGAAGAAGAUCGCCCGGAGGCAGCAGCAGCAGGAGCAGCUGGGGAAUUCCAGAGGGGGAAUUCCGGGCGGGAACGGAGCCGGGAGGAGCGGCCGGGAUGGGAAUGAGGAGGAGGAGGGCCUGCAGCCGAUCCUGGUCCCGUUUUCCCAAAUUCCGCCGCCUCCGGAGCCCAACGGAUUCGGGAGCGAGGCCGGAACGUUCCGGGGAACGACGGCCCCGCAGCUCCGGCCCUACGACUCUGAGGGAGUUUUCCAGGAGCUGGGAUUUUUGGGAGCGGCGCCGAUUCCCAUGGAGAAUUCCCAACAGCUGAUCCUCGGCAAGGCCGGAAUUCCCGAAAUUCCCCAGCCCGGGAACGCCCUGGAGCGCCUGUACCCCGGAAUUCCCGAAAUUCCCGGGAUUCCCCAAAAUCCCAUGGAGCGCCUGUUCUCCAUGCAGAGCUCCUACUUCACCUCCUGAGAUCCCAGAAUUCCCGAAAAUCCCAAUCCUGGGAAUCCCAAAAAAAAACCCAAAAAAUGGGAAAUUCCUCCGGAAUUUGGGAUUUUCCCUCUGCUCCCAUGGCAAUUUUUGGGGGAAUUUUUUUUUGGGGAAUGCUUCUUUUUUUCUUUUUUUCUUUUGUUUUUUGCAUGUCUGGUGGGAAAUAAAUCCCAGGAAAAUAAAAGAGUGAAAAGUU